GGUGGGCGCACUCGUCAGUCCGUCCCUCGCUGUGUCAGUGGAAAGACUUUUCCUCGCUACUUUGACGGAUACCGGGAGAGGUCGAGUGUUUCUUGGCUGAGAGGAAACUAUGGGCUUUUUUUCUCCAGACUGAUUGGGCCGCGAACUUAUAUUGGAACUUUGAAAACCAGCGCAUUUUAAAGCUUCAUAACUUUCUCUCGCAGCUUCCGUUUUGGAGUGUCCGCUAUGGCCGACAGCAAGCAGCCGCAAGUCAUUUUUUGCAACGACUCGCCGAAGAGAGUUCUGGUGUCAGUGAUCAAGACUACCACACCCAUCAAGGCUUCAAAAUUGGAGGCGAUGACGCCGACCAGCCCUGGCUUCAGCGACUUCAUGGUCUACCCCUGGAAGUGGGGCGAGAACGCCCACAAUGUGACACUGAGUCCGGGAUCGCUGAGCGGUGCGUCAUCCCCAACCGGUGCCACCAGAGAGGGCGACAUGUCUCCAUCUCCAGACCAGCUCAAGGAUGGAAUCAGAAGAGGGCGUCCUCGAGCCGACACCGUCCGGGAGCUGAUCAGUGAGGGCGAGACUUCUUCCAGCCGCAUCCGCUGCAACAUCUGCAACCGAGUUUUCCCCCGGGAAAAGUCUCUCCAGGCUCACAAGAGAACACACACGGGUGAAAGGCCAUAUCUGUGUGACUAUCCUAACUGCGGGAAGGCAUUCGUCCAGAGCGGUCAGCUGAAGACUCACCAGAGGCUGCACACCGGAGAGAAGCCUUUUGUCUGCUCAGAGAAAGGAUGUGGAAACCGUUUCACUCACGCCAACCGUCACUGUCAAAAGCAUCCAUAUUCACGCCUCAAGAGGGAGGAACCCAAAGAAGGACUGGACAAGUCUCAGAGUGUGGACAACAAGGCUGUGGCCGAGUGGCUGACAAAGUACUGGAAAACCCGUGAGCAGCGAGCCCCCACCACCUCCAUGGUGAAGCCCCAGGGGAAAGCCAGAGCAGAGGACCAGGAGCAGCAGGACCCCAUGGAGUUCCUCCAGUCCGAUGAGGAGAAUGGAGACAUGGAGCUCAUGGAGGAGGAGAAGGGAAUUCAAGGCGGGGCCGCCAGGCGUCGUUUGCAGGAGCAGCGAGAGCGCCUUCAUGGUGCGCUGGCUCUGAUCGAGUUGGCCAACAACCCAUCCACCUAAAUCCCCUACUCCCCAUGCCCUCCUCCUGCCGUAUGUGCUGUAGCUAGAAAUCACAGAUCAGCGACUAGUUUUCUAUCAAGCUUUGAUGCGAAACUGACCUGAGACCAGUGAUGCGGCCGGCGCAGUCACACGUUCCCUCCCCCACCUUCUCAGCACCAGGAAGCUAUUGCACCUUAUUCAGCUCUGGUUUGAUCCUCUAGGCUGCUAUUGUCGUAGUUUGACUCUAUGAAGAAUGUCUCUCUGUCUCUUCCGCCUUCAGAAGGCAAAGAGGGAGCCUAUCAUGUUUUUAAUAUUUCAUUUUGCACUUUGAAGGUAACGAGUCGAAGUAUGGUGUGAGAGUGUGUUUUUGGGUGUAUAUAAGGAUUGAGCUCGGACUGAAAACAGGGUGAGGUCGAAUAUAAAACGUGUUUAAGAUUCAUCUCCAGCAUCAUAAGCACUAAUUCACCGCCGCUGGUGAAGGAAGGUUUUUGGAGAGUGUUACUACCAGCAGUUUGAGCUUUUGGUUUGUAAGUUAACAGCUCAUCCACGUAUGCUUCAUCUAGUUCAAACAGCUUUAAUACGGAGUUCUCCGCUUCAUAGUCAAAUAUUGGUUCCUCACUUGGUUUCAUAUUGUACGUCGAGCCACACAUUUGUGCGAUGCUAGAGAAAUGUUAGGAUGCUUGUCUGGCCAAAUUCAAAGUGAUGCGUACAAAGAUGACUGAAAACACUUCCAGGUCUCAUCUGUCUCUUCAAAGAAAUUAGCACUUGAACCUCAAACUGAAACCUUCCAAGGAGAACACGAACACAUCAGCAGCUUGUUUUCACUUAGUUGAGAGUCCCCUAAAACAGCUAAAUGUUUUAUAUUGAAUUAAAACCAAGUUUUUUUCCAAGUCAAUUCAGCGUAGCUUCAACUUCAUAUCUGACUAAAGUGUCCACCUUGACUAAAACUGUCACUAAAAAAGUCACCACACAACAAUGGCGGCAGAUGUUUAUGUAAUUGGAAAUAUUCACAUCAUCUCUAGCACCUCUUCAGCUGAAAACACUGUCUCGUAGUCACUCACCAUUAACAUGAGAAAUAACUCAAGUACACGCAUUUCCUAGAUUGUGUGAAGCUGCAACUAAAUUCAUAAUCUUUUGUCGUGUCAAAAUCGCUUCCCGUCGGCUGCCUUUUAUAUUAAAAGGUGGCAAAUCUGACCUGUUCAAAGGUAAAUCGUACCAUGCUUCUUUUUUUCCUCUGCUGAUGACACACUGAGAAAGGGAAAUAUUUUUCACCAUGGAGACUUUGGAAAUCUCCAAAUUCCAACACUGUCACUGACGUCCAAGAAGCUUAUCAUGAACCUGACACUGCAGCGACACUACAACCUGAACACUGAAUUGACACCUCACAUUCAUAUUUUAGGAUCAGCUCAACAAAUCUAGCCCUUGUGUUGUAAAGCAGUUGUUGAUAAUCAAGACGCCAAAUGAUUUAUUUUACCCAACUGUAGUAUAUUUCCAAAACGAUAACGUCUAGACUUUUUUUUUUUUUAAAGAAUUAUGGCAUUUAAUAUAUUUACCUUCCAUUUCUUAGAUUGUUUGAGCACAAUAAACUGAGCUUUGAAGUUUAGAAUCUUUGCUAGUGUGUGUGUGUGACGUGUUCUGGUUCGCAAUGUUUUUGUUACACUUGUUUUUUCAAAGUAGGAUUUUCCCUGUUCAAUCAUUGUUGCUCUUCAAUAAACAUCCAC